AUGCAGAAUUUCUAUAGUAAUAUAGAAUGCUUAAUGAUUUUAUUUAAAAAUAAUAUCUUAAUACUCCUUUCCAUAAUGGAUAACAAAUACAGAGAAAUCGCUAGGAAAACACAGCGAGAAAAAAGCUCCUCAGUACUGCUGUCUCAAGGCCUAGCAUUUUUCGUAGCAAACACAAUUUCAGCCCCUUUUACUGUCCUAGGAACCUCACUUCAGCUUUCAGUGAUGGCUAAUAAAAAGUUUUAUGGAGAGGAAUCCAAAGAAAUUUCCAAACUUUUGCUUGCCAAAAGUCACGAUUUAUGCGUUAAAGAGCGCCAAUUCAACAUGCUGCAGCUUGCCGCAGGAGUAACUGGAGAAAAUCGACCUUUUAGAGCGCCAAUCUAUAAGAAUUAUAGAGAAGCAUUUUUAGCACUUGCUGGACAAGGCUACCAAGGAUUUUUCAAAGGCAAUUUUAUAGAAACCCUUUUCAAUGUAGCGUCAGUCAUAGUAAAGUCGCAAUUAUUGUGAAUUAUAGGGCUAGAUAAAUAUGAAGACGGAGGAUGAAAAAUUUUUCUUGGACUUACAGUAGCAGGUUUAGGAGACUUGGUGGCUCAGCCUUUGCAUAUGGCUCAAACACGAUUUAUUUUGCAAAACAGGCUGCCUGUAUUUGCAACAUAUAUAGUACAUUGCACUAUUUUCUGAUCGGCACUCCACAUGGAGAAUGUUUUUGGCACGUAAAAACCUUACUCCCCCCUCCGUGAGUGAGCAAAACCAUUAGAAAAAUCCCUAUUUUUUGCCCAAAAACCCACCCUCCGUGAGUGAACAAAAUUUUUUUAUGGAAAAAAAUUUUGAUAUAUAAAUGAUAAUUAUUAUAAUGAAAUCUAGAGCUAAUUCUAUUUAAUUUUGAACAAAUUGCUUUUUAAAACAUAAAUUUUAUAAAUUAAAUUAAUAUUUGCUUUCCAAUUUUUGCGAAUUAGGAUUUUUUUAAAUUCCGAAAAAAAAUAAUUUUUAUAAAAUUUAUAUAUAAUUUUUUUUUUAGAAAAAAAAAUUAACCCCUCUCCGUGAGUGAACAAAAUUUUUUUUUUGUUCACUCACGGAGGGGGGGAGUUAGCAACACAUAGCUUUCAUGUGUCCAAAACUUUUGGCAUAAAAAAAAAAAUACAAUGCUCUAUAGAAGCCUGCCUUUUUUAUAUGGAAAAAUCGAGACAUACGAAGUUUAUCAAGGGUGGGCUGGGGCUUUCCCUCGCUCUUUUGGCACAAAUGUGGCUUCAAUGUCAAUUUCUAAUAUUGGUGGACUUGAAGCUAUAAUCCUUGGAAAUAUAUUUGCCUUUACAGCACUUUAUCCUCUUCUUACUGUGCAGAGAAGACUUGAAGCUCAAACUGAUGAUCAUACUAUGCUGCCUAGAAGAUAUUUAGGAUACAGAUUUGCGUUUUCUAGGAUGUACCAUGAAGAGGGGUUCAAAUCGUUCUACCGAGGCUACUUUUGUAACUUGAUAUCUUGUGGGAUCAAAAAUUCUCUGAUUUUCUUGCUGACUGCAACUUUCCUCAACUUAGACAGGUUUUCAACAUUUAAAAGAGAUAAUUGGAAUUAA